UUAUAGUGAAUUUUAGUCGCCAUUUUGGGCGCCAUCUUGAUUUGAGACUUUAGUAGCAGGAUUUCGAGGUGGUGACAGGAAAAAUCGGAUUCAGCAAGGUCUAAUUACCCUAAAAACACUUGUCACCAAAAUGUCUCAAGAUUCGCUGUUAGAAGUUAAGAUCUCAAAAUUGUCGCCCGAACUACUUGACAUUUACCACACUUACCAAACAAUUUUUAGUGGCUAACCCCUGAUGUGUAACAUAGUUCUGGAUGUUUACUUUUAGUGAACUAAGAGGCAAAGGUAAAGCUGGUAUUUCACCUUGGACCAAAAUUGUUCAAAAUUUGUGCGAUUCAGACAGUUCAGAAGAGAAUACCAAUAUAGGAGUUUCAUUAAAGUCGUGGUUCGAUGCUGACAAUAAAAAUACGCAUUCUCGCAACUCUGGACAAAGCUCUAAUAGUAGCGCAACUGGUAGUUCAAAAGGCAGUAAGCGAAAGUUUACAAAGCCAUCAAAGGAAAAUGUAGGUGUUACUAAACCUACAAGUAAGGCGGAUGGUAAAGCUACAAAGGUCAGAAGUAAUGAGAAAAAAGAGCCGCUUAGCAGCUUGGAUAACAAUAAAUUGAAGCAAUCUGUUUUGAAGCCUAUACCUGUACCAGCCAACACAUAUAAAACGAAUUCGUGUCAAAGUUUUUUGGCAUCAUUAUCAAGUACUGUGAAGAUUUCACAAUGCGAUCCAUCGGCCAGACUCUUUCGAAAUAAUUUCAAAAAUUUCAAAAACGAAUUAUUAACGAGGUUGUUUAAAUUGUACAAUGAAAAAGUGUUUGAUAAUAAAAUUCCCGAAGAUACUCCUCUCGAAUGGAAUGAUAAAAUGAUACGGACCGCAGGUUUUUGUUACUGCAGAAAAAUAACAAGACGCACAGGCAUCAUCGAAAGGAAGGCUCGAAUCGUUUUAUCAACGAAGGUAGUGGACGCCUGUAAUCGAUUAAGGGAUACUUUAAUUCAUGAGUUGUGCCAUGCUGCUACGUGGAUUAUAAAUGGUGUGGACAACGGGCACGGAGAGUUUUGGAAAGCUUGGGCUACCAAGGCUAUAACCGUCUUUCCUGAGCUACCGCCAAUUAAACGAUGCCAUGAUUACGUUAUCAAUACCAAGUACACAUAUCAAUGCAUAGAUUGUGGAUACAGCAUUGGUCGCCAUACAAAAUCGUUGGACGUUGAACGGAAGUGCUGCGGGUAUUGCUAUGGAAAAUUCGAAGUGUUCUUGAAUAAAACAAACAAAGAAGGCGAAACAAAAAGUGUUCGAGCAACACCGAAGAAAGCUCCAUCUGGUUUCGCGCUGUUUGUCAAGGACAAUUAUGCCACGUACAAAACGCCACAGCUUAACCAUGGACAAGUAAUGAAACUGCUGGGUCAGAAAUUUAACGAAGUCAAAGUAUCCCUGUGAAUGAUGGUGGGACACAGUAGCGUCCGGUUUUUAGACAUACAAGAUUUUAUACUUGUAAAAUAUAAUUUUUAUACUA